CUAUAAUCAUCUAUAAAAAGGACUUCUCCAUGCAAAUUAUUUCAAUUUAACAAUACUCAUUUCAUCACCAAAACAUUUCUCUCGUUCUACCUUUCUUUCAUACAUAGAUUCAAGUAAUCGUUAAAGAAUAUAUAUAGUUUGUUACAUUAAUUUGUGGUCACACAAACUUUGUUCAAAAGAUGGAUAGUUCCUUAGGUGACAUGUUGGUUAAGGUGGUUGUGUUCUUCCUAGUCCAAGCUUUGGUGUACCUUAUCCUUUCAAAUUCAUCAAACAUAUUCUCCAAGGAUAUCAAGAGAUCAAACAGCUUCAGGCCGGCGCGUUCCCUCAGUAUUCGCCGGAUGUUGGCUUUGCUUUCCGAUUUUCCUCCAGAAGGAGAACCUUCUCCUUCUACAAAGAGUCCUCAAUCACAAGCUACUCAAAAUUAGAAUCAGUAUUGUAUCAUGUCAAAUUUGUAAAUUAUUUAUCUUAUUGUGAGUAUAGAGAGGCUGUUACAAAAUUAGUUAAACAGUAAUAGCUCAAUUAUUGAUUUGGGGGUGUUAAAUUCUUUUAUUCAUUUGUUUUUUUAUUUUAGAAAAUAAACUAGGAUGUAAUAUAUUUAUGAAUGGAAUUGGAUUGAUAUUUACUUUUUAUUAAGAA